GCGUUGUAUAGUCAUUGAUCAGUGUGGAUCAGUGCCAUCAGUGCUCUAGAUGCGUUUGCGCCGCCUGUUCGUGUAUCCAGUGUAAGAGACUGCCGCCGCCGCCGACGCAGAAAACAAGCGACCAACACCGCCGCCGCCGCAGGUCGCAACUCGCAGAGCGUUACUCUCGGUGGACGCGCGUCGUGCCGUCCGCAAUACUCGCGCCCGCUGACUGAACAAUACAAAUCGGUGUGAUGCAUUUAAGGAUAUCAUUCACGCUCGUCGUGUGUUGUGCAAUCCUGCACGGAUUCGCCUCUGCAGCCCAGAGCAACGCUGACAAGUCGUACUAUACGGGGGAGAUCAACAUCGAUGCCAACGAUGAUCUCGAGGGCAGUGGGGGUGGCACCGAGUUCACGGGGGACCUAGAGUCGAGCGGAUCCGGGUACGGCACCGACGACGAGGACUCCAAGGACGUGCAUCAGCCGGAACCACCCCGUCCGAUUGAUCCGAUUAUUACGCACAAGGACGUUGUACCCGAGGUGUUUGCUCCCAAGGAGGAGGAUAAGAGCAAGGCUAACUAUCCCGACCUCACGGUCAUCAUGAAUCCCAAGUCGGAGGAUAGGCCCACGUUCUUUGCUCAACCAGGAAUUCUAGCAGUGUUUUUCGUUCCAGCUGUGAUUGGUGGAGCAGUCGUAGGCUUGCUGUGUGCCAUACUGGUAGUGAUGUUCAUCGUAUACCGAAUGCGCAAGAAAGACGAAGGAUCCUACCCGCUGGACGAGCCGAAGAGAUCGCCAACGACGACCUCGUAUAAUCGCGGCAACAGUAAAGAGUUCUUCGCCUGAAACUAGUGCGCUCCGAUACUUAUCCGAGGGACAAUAUACUAAGUAACAUUACAGCAAACACAAAGUGAUUGAAAGAGCGAGAAUGAUGGAGAAAUGGUGGCGCGCGCGCCCACGUUGUCGCCGCCAUUGGCGGUGCGCUAAAUUCACACGCGGUACAAUUGCAAACGACAGCAACAAAAAAAUUUAACAAUGAUGCGGAAUCCCUACACAUCUAAUAAAACCCACACACCUAUAUUAAUUGAUUACAAACAAAAUGGAAAAUGAAAAAGAACACGAUAAGCUAUGACUGAAACUAAUAUUACUGCUUACGUAGGUGCAGCUUUUCGAUUGGCAGGUUUCUAACACAAACAUUCAGAGCGAGGAAAAUUCAAUAACAACACACAGACGCACAUUUUAAACAUAAUUUUAUGUAUGAAAUAUACGUAAGAAUGCUACUCUUUUUUUAUAAACCCUAACCUAAUAUUACAUAUAAUGUAACCUAAUUUAUGAUAAUGAAACAAAGAACAAUAGCGUAACGUAAAUAUCAACACUCUAUCAAUUUGAUUCGGUCUAAAUGAAGAUUGCCAAAAACUGCCAACACCCUCACACAACACACUCACUCACAAACACACAAACUUAUGAAAAUUUGAACAAACAGAAAGCAGAAAAGUUUAGUGAACGAAAAGCACGAAGCGGUUUCCAACAUGAUUGUUAAUUGUACAUGUACAUAGUUAUAUAUCUUAAAUUUAAAACGCAGAGUAACAAACAAAAAAAUUAAUGAAUGUUUUCGUCCAACAAAAAUGAAUUAACGAUACCUCUUUUGGGUAUAUAGUACAGUAAUAUUAUUGUGAAUUGAUUAAAACGUCGAGAGAUUGAAAUAUACGUGCAGCUACAAUAUAUUUAGCAAUAUGUUUAAGAUUGUGAAUACAAGAAACACACACAAAUAAUGGAUGGUGGCGAAAUUUAAUGCGUGGAAUUUUCAAUAAGUCUGUUUGUUAACACACUGCAAGCGCGAGUGUCGAUGGUGCAUUAUUUAUUAAUAAAAUGUUAACUGUGUAAACCACAACAUUGAAACCCAUCAGAUUCCGAUUGUUUGCUUCACGCUGGGAAUUGGAUCGCGUUCGCUGUGACGAAAAUUUUCGUACUAUAUGCUCAACAUACAAACAAAAAAUUCAAACAUUUCAAAGCACGCGACGAACGAACGCGCGUAACCUCCUAUGCGACUAUAUGAAUACAUAUUAUAUAAAGAAUUUAGCGACUAACUAAGUAAUUGUAAUUGUAAUUUAACGGCAUACAAGAUGGCGUCGAUUGUGCGACCGAUGUCUUUUUCUACGUAGAUGAUAAAACGUACGUGGCACAAGAACAAGCAUUAUUUACCAAGAUGGCGUCGGUGGUAAACUGCUUGGUUUCGUUGUUUUGCCAUUCAAUUCUCGAAAGCCAUACGGCAGGAUUUGCAAGAACUCACAAACAGAAACAAUUGAGGUAACAACAUUCCGUAGAAUGACAAAACAAAACACAGAAAAUUGCGAAGAAAAACAAAACAGUUCUUAUUUUGUAAUGUUGAAUGUGUAAUUUUAGCGUGUAAUUUAUAUAUGUGAGCCUUGUCAAACAUCCUGAUACCGCUCUGUCUUGUCUCCUACAUCUUUUUACACAAAUAAUUUGUAUAAAUUAUAUUCGUUAUUUAUCGUCUUAUGUUUUAAUUAGUGCGUUGAUGCGGGAAAUAGAACGAAUUGUAUACACACACCUCAAUUAUAUACUCGAACGCAGGGGAAUUCACUUCCACAAGAUGGCGAUGACUUCUUUGGUCCUUAGUAGAUUAUUUAUUUCUUGUUUUUUUUUUCUCUUCGUUUGAUUGAGUACGUAACGCGAACAAUAAGCUAAACUAUUCGGGAUAUUCUUAUACUUAACGACUUUCAAUGAUAUGAUAUUUUUUUUAUACGGUACAAGUCUGUAGAAUUGAUUUUCGAAUUAUAUUGUAUAGUAUUAACUAGUAUCAUAUGUACAAUCCGGUUGUAAAUAAUAAAUACCCUGGACAUCUAACAAACAAACAAUAA